UUUUUUUUGGCCUAACUUUUUACUUCAAUGAUUGUUCUUUCCAUCUGCUAAAAGCUAAACACAAAAUUAUAACCAAUGCAUUAUUGAUUAUCAUCUUUGGAGUACCCUCGUGGACCCAAAAUACAAUAAUCAGCAUUAUGCCACAACGCAUAAUCUCCACCAUUAGCCACUGCACCAAUAUACAUUUAUACAUUACCCUUGUUCUCUUUUAGCUUCUUCCUCACACUAUAUAUAUAUCAAUAGAUAUAGCUGGCCUACACCCGUGACCAGAGAGGUAAUAGCAUCAGCCAUGGACUACCCAACAUUGCUGCUUCACAAAGUUGUCACUCUUUUGGCUCUUUUAGGUGCUCUUACAUGCAUAUCAGCUUCUGAUAUGCUUCUAAAUGUAUCAAACUUGCACAUGUUUGUCGAUGAACUUCCAGAAAUUCCCAGAAUUCUCGGUUAUGAACUUGUCCAUGGCGUCCCAAAAUCCAAAUCUCUCACUAUUGGCAUGUUCAAGAAGAAAUGGAAAUUCCACAGGGAUCUCCCAGCGACGACCGUAUACGCGUAUGGAUUGAACCCUGAAGAAGCAACGGUUCCCGGUCCAACCAUUGAGGCACUUUAUGGAGUUGGAACCCAUGUGACGUGGGAAAAUCACCUCCCUCCAAUCAACAUACUUCCAUGGGAUCCAACAAUUCCCAUUGCAUUGACCGUUGCAAGGGAAGGCAUCCCUACGGUAGUUCACCUCCACGGUGGUAUUCAUGCACCCGAGAGCGAUGGAAACGCGUACGCAUGGUUCACAUCAGGAUUUAGACACAAGGGACCCACCUGGACUAACAAGACCUAUUACUAUCCUAACAACCAGCAACCCGGAAAUCUUUGGUACCAUGACCAUGCCAUGGGGUUGACUAGAAUCAACCUUCUAGCUGGCUUAAUUGGGGCCUACAUCAUUCGUCACCCUUCGAUUGAGUCGCCACUUGGAUUACCCCAUGGCGACGAAUUCGAUCUACCGUUGGUUGUGUUUGAUCGUAGCUUCCGCACCGAUGGAUCCAUCUUCAUGAAUUCCACUGGAAACAACCCCACCAUACACCCUCAGUGGCAGCCAGAGUAUUUUGGUGACGCAAUCGUUGUGAAUGGCAAAGCAUGGCCACGCCUCACGGUACGACGUCGUAAAUACCGGUUUAGAAUAAUCAACGCUAGCAAUGCAAGGUUCUUUAGAUUUUUCUUCACCAACGGCUUGAGAUUCACACACGUGGCAUCCGAUUCUGCUUACAUUGAAAAGCCAAUCACAGCCAAUGAAACUCUACUGGGGCCAUCUGAGAUCACAGACAUCAUUGUUGACUUUUCCGAAUCAAAGAGCGAAGUUGCAAUUCUAGCCAACGAUGCUCCUUAUCCUUACCCGUCUGGUGACAUGGUCAACGAAGCUAACAGCAAAGUCAUGAAGUUCAUCAUCUUGCCUAACGAAGAAGUUGACACGUCACGGAUCCCUCGGAGGUUGUUACGUUACCCGGAUGCAAGUUUAUCCCAUGCGACGCGCACACGAUACAUUGCUAUGUACGAGUACACUAGCGCCACAGAUGAACCAACUCACUUGUACCUAAAUGGGAAACCGUUCGAUGCAUCAGUAACGGAAACACCAAAAGAAGGGUCCACAGAGGUGUGGUAUGUGAUCAACUUGACGGAGGAUAAUCAUCCGUUGCACAUUCAUUUGGGUUUGUUCAAGGUGUUGGAUCAGACGGAGCUGGUGGAUCCAGAGAUAUUCAAGGAUUGCAUGACGAAACUCAACGAUGCGCUGAAGUGCCACGUGGAAAGAUAUGCACGUGGCAAGAAAGUAGGGGUACCGGCUCAUGAGAAAGGGUGGAAGAAUGUGUACAAGAUGAUGCCCGAGUUUGUUACGAAGAUUGUGGUGAGAUUCUCUUUCAUACACACCAAUGCGUCGUAUGGGUUUGAUGCAACGGCAAAACCAGGCUACGUGUAUCAUUGCCAUAUAUUGGACCAUGAAGACAAUGCUAUGAUGAGACCCUUAAAAAUCAUUAAGUGAUCAGAGUUGUCAAAGAUAUGUAAACAAUAGUAGUGUGUGUAAAAGGUAAGGCUUUUGUAGCUAAAAUAAGCAAUGUCCAACAUCAUUUUAAAGCAACUAGACAAGUGUAUUAUUGAUGCUAAAUGCAGAGCUCAUGGUGUAGGAUAUUUUUGUUGGAGGAGAAUCGAUGCGAAAGGUUGCUUUUCCUUUUAAAACACGUCGUUUGUUAUUUGACA